GCAAGGAGGGGCAUACGACCAGGUUUCUCAACGGCUGUCCCCGAGGUCAGCUCAUCUCCCACCAUUCAUUGGAAGUUCAGACCUCGUGCGAACGUGUUGUGUCCAAUAUGAGGUGUCUAGUUGUUCUGGCGUGUGUGUGCGCCGUCGCAUAUGCGAGAGCUCAAAUAUCAGAAGAAUCGUCAGCAAUUGAUGAAAACCCAGCAGUAGAGACGGUACCAGAACUAAACGAACCUGAAAUAAAAAGUAGUGAUGUAGGUGAAGCAAUUUCAGAAAACAAAGAAUCUGAAUCGAAUGAUGACGAAGAACUUGAUGUAGCUCCAACUAAUUUAGCUCCAAGUGUAGUGAAACCUACAGCUGCCGAAUCCAAUUAUAAUGAUGAGGACUUAGAUGUUUCACCUACAAAUUUAGUGCCUAGUGUUGUUAAAAGCGAUGAGUCAGCGCGUCAAGGAAGGUACAGGGCUGUACCCGACCAAUAUGAAGAGGGAUCCGCACCACGAUCAGUGGGAAAAUUGUCUUGUAAAGAGAAAAAUGAAAGAUAUUCCGUCCCUGGAAGCUGCGAUAGAUACGUCGAAUGUCUGAAUGGAACAGCAGAAGAAAAACAAUGCCCUGAUGGUUUGCGUUAUAACCCUAACGUAUUAUUUAACGUCUAUCCAUGCCAGUAUCCCGUCGAUGUCCCGUGUCUUGCAAGAUCUUCUCUUCAGCCAGCGCAACCGACAGCAGACUGUCCCCACCAGUUCGGUUACUUCAAAACUGGAGACUCGCGCAACUGCAGCGGCUUCAGGAACUGUGUGAACGGCGUCGGCUACGACUUCACCUGCCCUGACGGACUCGCCUUCAGUCCCGACAACUACCGCUGCGAAUGGCCUGACGAAGUCUCCGACUGUGAUGCUGAAGCAUUCCUCGGCUUCCGUUGCCCUGAAGUGCCUGUCAGCAAGGAGCUGGGCCCGCCUGCAGGAUUCAGAUAUUAUAGGUCACCAAGUGACUGCCAAGUAUAUUUCAUUUGCAUUGACGGCAAACCUCGUCGCUUGGCUUGCGGCGGUUACUCUGCCUUCGACGAACAAAGCGAAUCGUGUGUAAACGCCGAGGAAAUAUCGGCGUGCCCACAAGAGCUUAAAACCCGUGCUGCCCAAGCAAAGGAAAGCGAAGAAAGAAGGCAAAAACUACUACAGGAAAAUCCAUUUAAAACACAAACAUUAUCUCCACGACUUGCUAAGUUAUUAGCCAAUCCGGAAUCCGAACAAAAUCUCGAUGAUACAGACCCAACUCCAACCCAACUAAGUCCUGAGACAGAGUGAUAGAACUUUUUACGUGUUUAGUUAUAAAUAGUGUAUAUAAAAUCGAAUAGCCAUAAAACACUCGUCUUGUCAUUAUAUAAUUUAAGUUGGAACCAUAUUUUUACUUUAAUAAAUUAAUUAGUGCCAUUAAAUAGAAGCAGGAAUAUUUUUUAUAUACACAGAAUAAUAAACAGUUUUUAUUUUAGUAUAGGUACCGCGAAUACCAAUAUGUAAACGAAUAUCGAGCUUUUAGGGUUCUUUAAUACUCACGAAAAAAAUGUUAAUUGUAGAUAGUGCCAUUUUUUAAUAAACUACUAUUCAAAAUUUUUUUAUUUACUAUUGUUUACUAUCAAUCGUGAUAGC